AUAAGCCCAGAUCCUCGUAUCUUCUUCUCUACCAAGGAGAGAGAAAACCCCUACUCUUCCAUGAACAAUUUAGAAAAAGUGAGAGAGGAUGAUUCCGCUAAAUGGAUACUUGAGAGCAUUGAGAUUGAUCACAUGGUCGAUGCUCUGAUGCACUCUGACAAUGACAAUGCCACUGGCACAACCCUGAACCAGAUAGAGCAAAAUGGAUUUUCACAGAAAAGAAAUGCAGGUUCAAACCCAGAUGCUAUCGUAGCUCCGAGGAAAAGGGUUGGAUUUCAGAACAACGGGGCAAGGAUUGAGUGGACCGGGUCGAGCGCAAAGAAAGGGCUCAGGAGCCUGAGGUUCCUUGACAGGACUAUCUCCGGGAACGAAGUUGAUGCGUGGAAGUCUGCAGAGAAACGUUGCCAUCAGCUAGCACUCGAUGGGAGGCUCCCUCGGGACAAAUUCGGGGUCUGCAUUGGGAUGGACUCUAAAGAGUUUGCAGGGGAGUUGUUUGAUGCCUUAGCUCGGCGGAGGAAGAUAUCCUCGGAAAACGGGAUCACUCUGGAGGAGCUAAAGAUGUUCUGGGGCGAUAUUACCAAUCGGGACAUGGAUUCCCGACUGCAGAUAUUCUUUGACAUGUGUGACAAGAACGGGGAUGGGAAGCUCUCCGAGGAAGAAGUAAAGGAGGUGAUAGAACUGAGUGCAUCAGCAAACAAGUUAUCGAACCUUAAGCAGCGGGCAGCUGCUUACGCAUCGCUGAUCAUGGAAGAGCUCGAUCCUGACCAUCAAGGCCACAUCGAGAUGUGGCAAUUGGAAACUUUGUUGAGGGAAAUGGUGAGCUCCGAAGAAGGGCAGAAACUCACAGAAAGAAGCCGCAUUCUCCCCAAAACCAUGAUUCCAAGAAGAUACCGAACACCCAUAAGCCGUUUCUUAGAAGAAAUUCAUGAAUUUAUUCAUGAAAAUUGGAAGAGAAUUUGGGUCCUGAGUUUAUGGAUAAUUGUAAAUCUAGUUCUCUUCAUCUGGAAGUUCCAACAGUAUGAGAAGAUGGGCGCAUUCAAGAUCAUGGGCUAUUGCGUUUGCUUCGCGAAAGGAGCUGCUGAGACACUGAAGUUCAACAUGGCCCUGAUCCUCUUUCCUGUCUGCAGAAGAACUCUCACGAAGCUUCGAUCUACUAAAAUCAGCGUGGUUAUCCCGUUUGACGACAAUAUAAAUUUCCACAAAAUAAUUGCUUGCGCAAUUGCGACCGGAGCGGUGAUCCAUGCCCUCAUGCACCUAGCGUGUGAUCUCCCAAGGAUAAGUUCAUGUUCGAAGCAGAAGUUCAUGACCUACUUGGGACCUAACUUCGACUAUGAGCAACCAAGUUAUAUGGACUUAGUGCGGAGCGUUCCCGGUUUUACGGGGAUAGUUAUAACUAUUCUUAUGACAUUCUCAUUUACACUUGCAACCCACUCAUUCAGAAGGAACGUAAUCAAACUGCCAUGGCGAUUCCAUCACCUUGCCGGUUUUAAUGCAUUUUGGUACACACACCAUUUGUUGGUCGUGGUGUGCAUUCUCUUAGCCAUGCACGGCUAUUUCCUCUUCCUCACUACGGACUGGUAUGCGAAGACCACGUGGAUGUAUCUAAUAGUGCCUCUGUUGUUCUAUGCUGGUGAGCGGGUUUCGGCGGCCUGGGAUGAGCGGCAUCACCGUGUUAACAUUAUUAAGGCGAUCAUAUAUCCUGGAAACGUCCUAGCACUGUACAUGACUAAGCCUCUAGGAUUCAAGUACUAUAGCGGGAUGUACAUGUUCCUGAAGUGCCCCAAUAUAUCAGGCUUCGAGUGGCACCCUUUCUCAAUCACUUCCGCCCCAGGAGACGACUACUUGAGUGUCCACAUACGAACUCUAGGGGACUGGACCACCGAGCUCAAAAACCAAUUUGCAAAGGUCUGUGAGCUGCAGGAGAAACAGCAGAGAAGCGACAGUCUAACAAGACUAGAAACUAAAGCAUUCCCAAGCAAUUACAAUUCGUCACAAGCAAGAUUUCCAAGGAUUCUCAUAAAGGGACCGUAUGGUGCUCCUGCUCAGAACUACAAGAAGUACGACAUUCUCUUGCUUAUUGGGCUAGGAAUCGGCGCAACUCCCUUCGUCAGCAUCAUAAAGGAUCUGCUAAACCAGAUCAGGCCUCACGAAACAGUCAAUGUGAGUGGAAAGAGGACGAAUUCGUGUUAUAUACUCGAGAAUCAAUUAUCGGGAGCAAACAGGAAGGCAGCUGAGAAGGCCUACUUUUACUGGGUGACGAGGGAGCAGGGCUCGUUUGAGUGGUUUAAGGGCGUGAUGGAUGAUAUCGCUGACUAUGAUCUCAAUCAUAAGAUAGAAAUGCACAACUAUUUGACGAGCGUUUAUGAAGAGGGAGAUGCUCGGUCGGCACUCAUUGCAAUGGUUCAGAAGAUCCAGAAUGCAAAGAACGGCCUUGACAUUGUCUCUGAUAGUCGGAUAAGAACGCAUUUCGCCAGGCCAAACUGGAGAAAAGUUUUUUCUCAGUUGGCAAGUGCCCACCUGUCUUCUCGAAUAGGUGUGUUCUACUGUGGAAGCCCGACACUAACAAAACCGUUAAAGAAUCUCUGCCACGAAUUUAGCCGAAAUUCUUCCACCCGGUUUCAUUUUCACAAGGAGAACUUUUAGAGCACAAUACUGUUAAAAUCCCACCCUCCGUAUUACGGCAUCUAUAGAAGGAUUCAGUACCAUAUGCCGUAAAAGAAAAUUGCGGGACAAAUGGGAAGAAACUGACGGAUUCCAACUAGUUCUCAUGGAUAGACAAAACUACGAAGAUUUAUCUCAGAAAAGAACUGACUGCAGAGAAUCAUAGGUGUUGUCUGUAAAUUAAAUUUUCUAGCCUUUUCAUCUUUGGAAAUUCUAACAUGACAUAGGUUAGGGUGAUAUAUUUGGUUUUUCAGUCAAGUGUGCAGCGUUUUUACUAUUCCUGA